CCCAUUCACCCUUUUUUUUUGUCACAUUCUCCUGAAUUCCCUCCUUCCCAGCCAGCCUCCCAUCGUCACUGCCAUGGUUUCUUGCUGCCUUUGUUUUGCCACGCUCUUGUCACUGCUUACUUCCUCUCCUUUCAUUGCCAUCACCUCAUCAUCUUACCCUCGCUGCAUCAAUGACCCCGCCAAAGCGCAUUGCAGACUACUUCUUCAUAGUCGGUCUCAGGGACGACACCAUUCUCUGUCCCUCUGACCCCGACGACGACCCUGCAGAGGCUUUGGCUCUGGAGCACCAACAGGAGAUCAUUCGUAAAGUCAAUCGCCCUCGAGCUCUGACCCUCAAUGGGCCUGGUUCAGCACCAGGACCCGAACCAGCACCUCGACAGACACAUACUUCAAGACAACCCCCUCCUCCACUCCCUCUCCACUUACUACAACAAUACCAACAACAACAACAACAACAACAACAACAACAACAACAACAACAACAACAACAACAACAACAGCAACAACAACAGCAACAACAACAGCAGCAACACUCACCACAAUCACCACAACCAUCACAACCACUACAACCACAACCAUCUCAACAACAGCAACAUCAUCAUCAUCAACAGCAAUAUCAUCGCCCAUUACAAAGCCAGAGUCCACCAUCAGCACAUAUCAAUGGUUUUGCUCGUGCAACCUCACCAAAAGCAGUGUUGGACCAGCGGGAUGGGAGAAGACUCUCCUAUGCCGCUAUAGCUGCAUCUAACAUUGCCAACUCCACAGGGAUGCUCCCAAUAGGACCACCUUCCGCCCUCGCAAACACAUCUGCAUUCAAGUCUGCACCCAGUAGAGCACGUUCAAAGUCUAUGGCACACUUCCAUCCACCUGUCGUUGCGGCAGCGUUAGAGAAACAGGAACCCGAGAACAUGGCACAACGAGGCCCACACACUGUACAACUUGUGCGACCAUCCCGACGGCUGAGUACGGCCUCGAUGGUUGGUACACCGCGACGGUCUGUCACUCUCAACAACGUGGCCAAUGCCGGGAAUACAAGUUUACAGCACAAACCACCAAACUACCGCUAUGUUGCCACAAGUAGUCUUCAUAAAGUUGUCCCAGAAGGAGUAGAGAGCAACUUUGAUGAGGGCGAAACAGAUCACAGGUCGAUAGAUAAGCUAAUAUCAAAUGAGAAACCCGCUCAUGUUUUUACAAAUGGCCAGUCUAAUAUGAGUCCAGGUAGAGCCCAAAGUGACAAGCCGGCCUUGUCUGUACAGGAAUCCAGGACACUGUCACCCGUAAGGAAUGCCUCAAGAAGGAGUCGGACUAAAUCACCAGUACCUGUUACUGACAAAUCGGUCGGAACAGCGACGAAAAAAAGUGAAAAUGCAAAAGUAGACCAAAAAGAAGUACAUCCCGGUGAUAGAGUCUUUACACCUACUGUCAUCUGCCGUUAUCCAGAGACAGAUUGGGAGGAUGCAGAUGUCUUUCCUACGUUUCUCCCAAUGUUUUGCUUUCCUGCAGAGCUCUCAUUCAAAUUUUCAGACGAGAAACCGCCUACAACCUUCCAUUCAUUCGUGCUGACACAGGAAUCAGGUGGACGAUCCUAUGCUAUGUGCGUGACUAUGUAUGAACGCUUACCUCAUAAGAUGCUCCAGCAAUUCGACAAAAUCUGCCAACGCUGGACUCGAAGUCGCAUGUCUGAGAGCGAAAUUGAAUACGCAAAGGCUAUCAAAGAAAAGAUUGCUCGGGAGAAAAGAAUAUUGCAGGAUCUUCAGGUUCAGCUGCGCGAAGAGAGGACAACAGGAAAUAAGACUAGGCAGACGCAACUCAAGCGGGAAAUUCUUGAUUCAGAGGAGAAGUUGAGUUUGCUUCAUGACCAGAUGAAGCCUUGGAAAGGUCAAUUCAUCGAAAUUGAUGAUGCUUGGAUUCCACGGUGUGUUGGGCUCGUAAGCGCAGUUCCCUAUCAUUAUCUUUUACGCGACUGGCUUCUGGCUGUAGCGGUUGCCUGUUCCGGAGGUGUAGAACAUCCCGGCAUGAAUCAGAACUCUUUACGACUUGAAAGUUAUGUAAGGAAUCUAAUUAAUGAAGUCGAUCUGCCGCCGUUCGGUAAAAUGGAGAUUGGAAUCACAAUCAACAACAGAAUGAUCUAUGCCUCACGACCUGCACUCAACAGUGUACCAAUCGUCAAAAAUUUCUCUCUGUUUCCUCUGUUCCGUUGUUUGGCCGCAGAAGAUAUAGUUACAGUAAUUGAAGUGAUUCUAUCCGAAGGAAAAGUCAUUUUCCUCUCAUCAUAUUUGGGAAUGUUGACGCUUGCCAGUGAGAGCUUCCUGUAUUUAUUAUUUCCAUUUUACUGGCAAGGAGUCUACAUCCCUGUUCUACCUUCUGCUCUGAUGACUUGUCUUCAGGCACCAGUCCCUUAUAUCAUUGGAGUCGAGCGUCGUACAUGUGAUUCUGAUUUUCCACCAGAAGAGGCAUGCAUUGUUGAUUUGGAUAAGGGCGUAAUCCAAGUACAACUAGCGCCAACUCCACUUCCACCUCGCCAGAGACGAAAACUCAUACAGUCAUUGGAGCAAUACGCACCAAUAUCUGCCAUUCGACGGACGGCUACAACAACGAAUCCAGCCCUAGGCCCACCUGCAUAUGUUAAAGAGGCGUUUCCUCAUUCACGAUUAACAUUGUUUUGUGGGCUAUCCAGGGCUCCACGAAGCAGACGCAUUGAGCGACCAGUCUCAACGAUCGGGACGGGAAGUUUGCAUGGAUAUGCUGCUGUGGUACAGAGCAACGGCUUGGCAGAUCUUCGAAUCAACGGAUCAACCAACACCUUACCUGCCAUGCCCAUAUCGUCAAUGACGAGUGAAAGCAUCAAAAGCAACCAGGUUUCAAAUCAGCCCCUUACAUAUUCCAAGGUUGUUGGAGGGAUGGCUAGGUCUUCGUCAGAGGGAAUUUUGGAUAAAGCUCUGGAAAUGAAUGGAAGCAGUAGCCCCAAGAGUCCUAUCAGUCGAGCAGAGUCUAUGAAGGAAACAUCGCCAAUAGCGCAACAUCAUAAUUCAAUGGAGUCAUUCAAAUCCUCAAGAAAAGUUCUUUCGCCGUCUCGGAAACAUUCUAGUGUGUUUGAAGGAUCCAAGAAAUAUCAAGAAAGGCAGGCAAAAGAAGAGAACAGCCAUUAUCCGUCAGUAGGAGGCGCUUGGAACGCACAACUAGGAUAUCCUGGAGUUAAUCGCCAAAAUAGCAUCACCAGUACACAUAUGAGCGCCAUUCCAUCUGGAUUUGAUGGCCCGGGACUUCGUCACCGUGGCUCCUUUACUUCAAUUGACUCAUCUAGCUCUAGUAUAAUGUCGAAAUCGCCUGUCUCGACCAUAACAUCCAACACAAUGGUCAGUAUUAAUGGACACUCAUCAAUGACUUCUAUGGCACCUAUUAUAAGUCCUGAGGAAGAAGCAUCGCUCGCGAGUGCCGCAGACUCGGACAAGACGACUAUUGAAGGGCACGUGCUUUCGAUUCUCUCGGCCCCGGUACUUGUGUCAACCUUAACCUGCCGGUGCGGAAUUUGUUCUCAAGGUCUGGCGUCAACUAACAUCGUUUACCGCUGCGAAGGAUGUUCACUGUAUGUGCAUGCCGGAUGUCUGGACGAGCUACUGUAUCCAUGCGUGCCUCGUGGUUUUGAUGAGUCAGGUGUUUGCUGGAGUGUAUUGCAGAUGUGGGCUGGUUUGAUGAAAGGCUAUCGUUCUGGAAUUGUUGCCACGUCAUCAACAACAAUACAGCACCUGUAUAAUCAGCAAGGAUCGCCAAAUCAUCACCGUUCACACCAGCAGGGGUAUAAUCAUAACCCUCGUAUUCAUGGACAUGUAAAGCAACCCUCUAACAGUGGAAGCGAAGGAGAACGAGAGGGUAGAGAUCGCCUUUCGUGGGCUAGCUUCCAACGGUGGACAGGAAGGAAUUCUGGUUCGUCUAAUGGAAGCAUGAGCAGCAGUGGCAUGAAUGGUAUCGGAAAUGGUCAUUCUAACUCCAAGGCCUCUACCAUCUCCUCAGCCUCGCGCUCAUCAACGAGCGUGGAUAUGACCCACCGGAGCCAUGCCGGAUCGAUCCAUUCUUCACGGGCGAGAAAUGGUACCGACAACAGCUCUUACAGCGAAACCGUGAGCUUUCAUCGCGAGAUAUUUUUGAAAGGAUUUGAUAAAGAAGCGAGGCCAUUCAUGUCUGCUUUUACAGAAUCACAGACAUUUGCACAAUUCAUUCAGGAUCGAAUUGAUCGGUCAUCAGGUGAUCCCGAGAUUAUGUUUUUCGACGAGGUGAUCAAAGCUAAAAUCAACCGCUCACGAUUCCGCAUCGGCAAGGAGGAAACCAAGUUUCUCGAUGAUCCGUCUUAUGGUGUUCAAGGAACAGUCAAGGCUACCCCGCCUUCAGGAGACAUUAUCGUUUAUGAGGAUGAAGAGAGACGGUUUCCAACGAAGCUCGAUGCAGCAUACCUUUAGAAAAAGGCAAAAAAAAAAAAAAAAAAAAAAAAAAA